CCAUCAGUGACGUCCCGGUGGGUGGAGGGGCGACGGGCUGACUCUGAGCCUUCGACGCUUCCUCAGGGUGCCAAAUUCGUCGGUCCUCAGGAGAUGGUGCUGCGACCCUUGCACUUGUGCACCCUGGUGCCGGUUUGCCCGCCCAAGCCUGGCCAUGCAGCCGCGAGCCGUGCUGCGCGCCGCGCUGCUGGUGUGGCUGCUCGUGGGGCCCCGUCGCGCCACCGGACGCCUGCGGAGCGGACAGCCAGUCUGCCGGGGAGAGACACAGAGGCCUUGUUAUCAAGUCAUUUACUUCCACGAUACUUCUCGAAGACUGGACUUUGAGGAAGCCAGAGCAGCCUGCAGGAGGGCCGGGGGCCAGCUAGUCAGCAUUGAGUCUGAAGAUGAGCAGAGACUGAUAGAAAAGUUCAUUGAAAACCUCCUGGCAUCAGAUGGCGACUUUUGGAUUGGGCUUAGAAGGCAGGAAGAGAAACAAAGCAAUAGCACCGCCUGCCAGGACCUUUAUGCUUGGACAGAUGGCAGCCCUUCAACCUUCAGGAACUGGUACAUGGAUGAGCCUUCCUGUGGCAGUGAGGUCUGUGUGGUUAUGUACUAUCAGCCGUCUGCACCUGCUGGCACUGGUGGCCCCUACAUGUUCCAGUGGAAUGACGACCGAUGCAACGUGAAGAACAAUUUCAUUUGCAAAUAUUCCAGUGAGAAACCAACAGCUCCUAAAAGGCCUGGAGGGGUAAAAACAGAGCCAGCAAUACCCAUACUUCCAGAAGACACAGAGAAAGAAGAUGACAAAGAAACAUUUAAAGCAAACAAAGAAGCUGCCUUGAAACUUACCUACAUCCUAAUCCCCAGCAUUCCCCUUCUCCUCCUCCUCGUGGUCACCACAGUUGUAUGUUGGGUUUGGGUCUGUAGAAGGAGGCAAGUAAAACCUUCAUCAUGUAAAUCUUUGAAAUGGGAGCAGCCAGGCCCCAGCACAAAGGGGCAGCAUGCCAUCUGGCCCUCUCCUCACCAAGGAAACAGCCCGGACCUAGAGGUCUAUAAGGUCAUACGGAAACAAAGCGAGGCUGAUCUGGCUGAGACCCGGCCAGACCUGCAGAACAUUUCAUUCCGAGUGUGUUCAAGAGAAGCCAUUCCCGAUGACAUGUCUUGUGACUAUGACAACAUUGCUGUGAACCCAUCCGAAAGUGGAUUUGUGACUCUGGCAAGCAUGGAGAGUUGCUUUGUGACCAAUAACAUCUAUGUGUUCUCCCAAGACCGAGUGGGGAGAAGCGAGGAGUCUGGAUGGGUAGAAAAUGAAAUAUAUGGUUAUUAGGACACACGAAAAAACUUGAACUGACAAGAAUGGGAAAGAAAAGAGAAGCAAAAUUCUCUUAUUUUCUAUAAGAGAAAUACUUACAAGUUCUAUGAAGAUGUUCAGAUCAGGCCCUGGGGGUGAGCAUGUGAUCCGCAUUAGCUCCUGUUGGGUCCCCAGGUUUGGGUAUAUCCCUUAUCCCAGCUUCUCACCCAGGUCACCCUUACGAGAAAGCACCUUGCCCUGGCACACAGUAGAAAAUGAACAUCGACUGAUGGGUUAUGUCUGACUUUCAGGGGCUGGGGCUUUCAUUGGCAAGGGCAGGUUGUGGCUGUGGGAAUCAGGAAAACCAUCUCUAGUUUUGUUUUUCUUGCUCUAUACAGCAGCGCACAGAAUCACGAAGAGAAAGAAAUUACAGAUCUUUUCAAAGCCCAUGUAUGCUGGCCAUUGGGUGGCAAUUCUUAUAGCAAGUCAAAUAAAAAGCAGGAAGCAGAACAUUAGUCAGUCUGUGUCUACAGCUCUUCCUUUGCAUGGCCUCAGGGGACCUUUAUUUCUUUCUCUUGACAUCCAAACUUGAACAUAUUCAACUUGAAAAUAGUUUAGAAACUAAACUUAAAUUUGAGUCUUGGUCUCUAGGCUGAUCUGUGUUCCCAGGCCCAAUGUUGCAUGUUGUUCUGUUUGUGUUCCUUUUAUUGCAGUGUGGAGAUAACACUACUACUAAUCAUGAUUGCAAUUUUUCCUUUUUGUUUUAAAUAUAUUUUUUUGUCUAUUUCAAACACUUUUAAAUUCAAAUCUGAGAAAACUUUCUUGGCCUAACAUCAGUCACACUUUGAAGGUCCUGAAGGCUAUUAUUUUUAUCACCAGCAACCUCCCUCUUAUUACUUUAGUCUUUCCUCAUAUAUCCUAUUUUUUAAGAGUUUUGUAACUUUGCCUCACAUAUGGAACCCCAAACUCUACACAGUUAAAUAGUCUGGGUCAAACUAGCAUCAGAUGCAGUUGGAUUAUAAUGAUUGCCCAAUCACCUGCCAUGCUGGGGCAGAGAACAGGGUGGAUAACGAAAACAUUCAUGCCUGCUUUGGAGAAGUGUGUUUUGUGAAACGACAAUAUCUCAAGCAAAAGCAGUGACUACGUGUUCUGAAGGACUGAUUCAUUGCUCCAAAACACUGACUUUUCCAUUUUGUUUUUGAUGUCCUGGCUCUGUAGUCUGUCCUUGGGCCUCCCCUGUCUCUGUCUACUCUGGCUUUUAUCAGGCUGCAAAGUCCAAGGAGGUAGGGAUCCUCCCUGCCCCAGUGUUGUACCUCCUGCACCUAAGACAGCACCUUUGCACAGACUAGACCAUCAGUAUUUAUUGAAAGGAUGAACAAUUCAUCUUUCAGGUUGAUACAAAAUAGCCUAAAUACAUCUGGUUAAAAGUCUGUAGGACCUUUUUUCUUACACUCCACCUGGAUGGGGGAGGUAAAUGAAUUAUUUUAAUUUGAAAAGCAUUCCUAUUGCUGUGGAGGAAAGAACCGUAGUUAUAAGUAGACAGAUGCUGGCAAAUCAUGUUAGUAAUUUACUUUAUGUCACUAAAUCUUGAAAUGAGGUUUUAAACUAUAAUCAGAGUACACCCUUCAGCAUCUUUCUUUGUCAUUAGUCUGUCUCUACUGAGACCCACAGAUCUCUGCCUUCUGUCUAACCCAGCAUUUAAAUCAUUUAAUUUCUGGUUUUCCUUCUCAUAUUUACUAGCCUGAAUUUAUCCAACUCCAUUUCCACCUCUGAUGAUUAUUCCACCUCACUUAUUUAACAAACAUUUGUUAAGUGUUAAAUGUUUGUUAUGUUCAAAUUGAACAUUGAACCUAUUCAUCCUGUUAUCAUAUGAAAAUUGAGUAAACUUCUUUCAUCAUUUAAAA